CAAUCAGGAAGCGGCUUCCAUGGAGGAAGGGAAUAAAUACAAGAUGGCUGCUCAUAUAAAACCAGGCGUCGGGCUUCUCCCUGGUGAUGGAGGAAUAGAGGCUUUUCCCCGCGCGGGUCGUGUUUCGGGGUUUUGUCGCUGGGACAGGCGCAAGGAGGGUGGAGGGGGGCUCGGGCCGCCGCCUCUGGGGACCGCCCCGUUUCGUUGUGGACCCCUCAGGCCCAGGCCAGGCCUUGGCCCCACUCUUUCCUGUCAGACCUGCUCGGCUAGGCCCGGCCCCGUCUCUCUGCUGCCAUGGCCGUCUCCAGGCUUGAUCGUCUCUUUAUUUUACUGGAUACUGGGACAACACCAGUAACGAGGAAAGCAGCUGCACAGCAACUUGGGGAAGUUGUAAAGCUUCAUCCACAUGAGCUAAAUAAUCUGUUGGCUAAAGUAUUGAUACACCUAAGGAGUACAAAUUGGGAUACCCGAAUUGCGGCUGGACAAGCUGUCGAAGCAAUAGUGAAAAAUGUACCAGAAUGGAACCCAACUCCACGCCCUAAACAAGAACGUGGCUGUGAAAGUCCAAUGGAAGAGUCAACUACCUUUGAUCGAUUGCGAUUUGAUCGAUUUGAUAUCUGUCAACUUUUAAAACAUGGUGCUUCUCUUCUUGGAUCUGCUGGUGCAGAAUUUGAAAUUCAAGAUGACACAUCUGGGGACGUUGAUCCGAAAGAAAGGAUUGCAAGACAAAGGAAACUGCUUCAAAAGAAGCUCGGUCUUGAUAUGGGAGCUGCAAUUGGAAUGAAUACAGAAGACCUCUUCAAUGAUGAGGAUUUGGACUACAUUCCUGCAUCAUCAUUUCUUGUACACAAACAACCUACUCUCCAGGCUGCUGAGUUGAUUGAUUCAGAGUUUCGAACUGGUAUGAGUAGCAGACAAAAGAAUAAGGCUAAAAGAAUGGCCAAGUUGUUUGCAAAGCAGAGAUCAAGAGAUGCAGUAGAAACAAAUGACAAGAGCAAUGAUAGCACUGAUGGAGAACCAGAAGAAAAGAGGAGAAAAAUUGGAAAUGUUAUCCUCAGUCAACCAGCAUCUGACACCAAACUCUUGGUAGAGAAUAUUCCAGAAGAGACGAAUGAAUGGCCUCUCGAAAGUUUUUGUGAAGAAGUGUGUAAUGAUCUCUUUAAUCCAUCGUGGGAGAUUCGGCACGGUGCAGGUAUUGGACUGAGAGAAGUACUUAAAGCACAUGGAAAAAGUGGAGGUAAAAUAGGAGACAGUACUUUAGAAGAGAUGUUUCAACAGCACCAGGACUGGCUGGAAGACUUGGCUAUCAGACUUCUUUGUGUAUUUGCACUAGACAGAUUUGGUGAUUUUGUUUCAGAUGAAGUUGUGGCACCAGUGCGAGAGACAUGUGCACAGACUUUGGGAGUGGUACUCAAAUACAUGAAUGAAAGUGGAGUUCAUAAAACUGUGGCUAUCUUGCUGAAGUUACUUGCACAAGAGCAGUGGGAAGUGAGGCAUGGUGGUCUGCUGGGGAUAAAGUAUGCAUUGGCAAUUCGUCAGGACUUAAUUGAUACUUUAUUGCCAAAAGUCUUGCCUGCAAUAACAGAAGGUCUACAAGAUCUAGAUGAUGACGUUCGAGCUGUUGCUGCAGCAUCUUUAGUACCAGUGGUGGAAAGCCUUGUCCACCUUCAGCCAGAAAAAGUUCCCUUUAUUCUUAAUAUUUUGUGGGAUGCACUCUUAGAUCUUGAUGACCUCACAGCUUCCACAAACAGCAUCAUGACCCUUCUGUCAUCCCUCUUGACUUACUCUCAGGUCCAAAAAUGCAGUAUUCAGCAGUCCCUUACAGUUCUAGUACCCCGUGUAUGGCCAUUCCUACAUCAUACAAUAUCUUCUGUUCGAAAAGCAGCAUUAGAAACUCUGUUUACCCUCUUGUCUACUCAAGAUCAGGAUUCUGCAACUUGGCUUACACCCAUUUUGCAAGACAUGUUAAGACAUAUCUUUCAGUUCUGUAUUUUAGAAAGUAAUCAAGAAAUUCUGGAACUAAUACAUAAGGUGUGGCUUGAACUGUUAAGCAAGGCUACUGUACAAUACGUAGUAGCAGCUGCGUGUCCAUGGAUGGGAGCUUGGCUCUGCUUAAUGAUGCAGCCUUCUCAUUUGUCUAUUGAUUUGAAUAUGUUGCUAGAAGUGAAAACUAAACUGAAGGAAAAGAUCGGUGGCAAAGUGCGGCAAGGGCAAACCCAGACUAAAGAAGUGAUACAAGAAUACAUUGCUGGUGCAGAAAGCAUUGCUGAAGAUCCAGCAACCAGAGAUUAUGUUGUCAUGAGAGCCAGGAUGAUGGCAGCAAAAUUGCUUGGAGCACUCUGCUGUUGUAUUUGUGAUCAGAGUGUGAAUGCCAUCUCCCAAGAAAUAAAGCCAGCUGAAUCACUAGCUCAGCUAUUGCUUUUCCACUUGAAUUCCAAGUCAGCUUUGCAGAGGUUUAGUGUCGCAUUAGUAAUCUGUGAGUGGGCUGCCUUGCAGAAGGAAAAUAAAGUCGUGGCUCUUGCUGUCCAAUCACGCUUGCUUAGUGUCCUCUCUGAGCAUCUUUAUUAUGAUGAAAUUGCUGUCCCCUUCACCCGAAUGCAAAAUGAAUGUAAACAACUCAUCUCCUCAUUUACUGAUGCAAAUAUUGAUGUUGCCAGCAGGGUAAACUGCAGUGUAUUUACAAUAGAUCAAGCUAAUGAACUGGUCAGCACUAUCUUCAGUGAAGUCACAUCCCCUCUUAAUCUGAAUCCUCCAAUUUUACAGCAGCUUGAAAGCAAACGACAGCAAAUCCAAAUGACUGUUACUGAAACAAACCAGGAAUGGCAAACGUUACACUUGAGAGUACAUACUUUUACUGCUUGUGCCGUUGUCAAUCUGGAACAGCUUCCAGAUAAAUUAAAUCCAGUCAUAAAGCCACUGAUGGAGGCAGUGAAGAAAGAAGAAAACAUAUUGGUUCAAAAUUAUGCUGCUUUGUGCAUAGCAAAGCUACUUCAGCAGUGCACAACACGGUCUCCAUGUCCUAACUCUAAGAUCAUAAAAAAUCUUUGUAAUUCACUCUGUGUGGAUCCUCAUCUUACCCCUUUAGCAUCAUGCCCUGCACAACCCUUGAGUAGCCAUGAAAAUUCAAAAGGAUCAAAUUCCGAAAGAGAUGGCAUGCACCAUACAGUCACCAAGCAUAAGGGUAUAAUCACACUGUACAGGCACCAGAAAGCUGCAUUUGCCAUCACAAGCCGACGAGGUCCGACGCCAAAGGCUGCAAAAGCUCAAAUAGGAGAUCUUCCUACAAGUAGUAGUGGAAACAUAACUACAGAGCUUGAUGAAGCUCAGAAAACGUAUGUAGUACAGAGGAGAGGUGCAGAAUUUGCUUUAUCCACUAUUGCUAAACAUUUUGGUGCUGAAAUGGCAGUGGGUUUGCCACAUCUCUGGGAUGCUAUGGUUGGUUCCUUAAGGAACAAUAUUGACAUCAGCAACUUCGAUCGAAAGGUUCUAUUGGAAAAAGGAGAUGGCCCAGCCCAGGAGUUAGUGAAUUCUCUACAGGUUUUUGAAACAACUGCAGCAUCUAUGGAUGUUCAGCUUCACCCUUUGUUGAUACAGCAUUUGCCUUAUCUUUCUAUGUGCCUUCAACAUCCUAAUACAGCAGUGAGACACAUGGCUGCUCGCUGCGUAGGUGUAAUGAGCAAAAUAGCUACCAUAGAAACCAUUCACAUUUUCCUGGAAAAGGUUCUUCCUUGGCUGGGAGCGAUAGAUGACAGUACCAAGCAAGAGGGUGCAAUCGAAGCUCUUGCCUGUGUAAUGGAGCAACUAGAUGUUGGAAUUAUUCCAUAUAUAGUUCUUCUUGUAGUCCCAGUUCUGGGCAGAAUGAGUGAUCAGACCGACAGUGUACGUUUCAUGGCCACUCAGUGUUUUGCAACAUUGAUUAGACUAAUGCCUCUUGAGGCUGGUAUUCCAGACCCACCUGAAAUGUCUGAAGAUUUAGUCAAAAUUAAAGCCAAGGAGCGCCAUUUUCUGGAACAAUUAUUAGAUGGGAAAAAACUAGAAAACUACAAAAUUCCAGUACCAAUUAAAGCAGAACUCAGAAAAUAUCAGCAGGAAGGUGUGAAUUGGUUGGCUUUUCUUAACAAAUACAAGCUUCAUGGCAUCCUCUGUGAUGACAUGGGGUUAGGAAAAACCCUGCAAUCCAUCUGUAUUCUUGCUGGAGAUCAUUGUCACAGGGCCCAAGAAUAUGCAAGAACUAAGAUUGCUGAUAGUGUUCCUCUCCCGUCCUUGGUGGUGUGUCCUCCUACACUCACAGGUCACUGGGUGGAUGAAGUGGGGAAAUUUUGUUCCAAAGAGUAUUUGAACCCAUUGCACUACACUGGUCCUCCCACAGAAAGGGCAAGGCUGCAGCACCAUGUGAAAAGGCACAAUUUAAUUGUCGCUUCCUAUGAUGUUGUGAGAAAUGACAUUGAUUUCUUCAGAAAUAUUAAGUUUAACUAUUGUAUUCUUGAUGAAGGCCACGUUAUCAAAAAUGGAAAAACAAAACUGUCCAAAGCAAUAAAGCAGUUAACUGCCAAUUACAGGAUAAUACUCUCUGGGACACCAAUUCAGAACAACGUUUUAGAAUUGUGGUCGCUGUUUGACUUCCUUAUGCCAGGAUUUUUGGGUACAGAGCGCCAGUUUGCAGCUCGCUAUGGCAAGCCUAUAUUAGCUAGCAGAGACGCUCGGAGCUCCAGUCGAGAACAAGAAGCAGGCGUUCUUGCAAUGGAAGCUCUGCAUAGACAAGUCUUGCCAUUCUUGUUGAGGAGAAUGAAAGAAGAUGUGCUGCAGGAUCUUCCACCAAAAAUUAUUCAAGACUACUAUUGCACCCUCAGUCUUCUGCAGGUUCAACUUUAUGAAGAUUUUGCCAAAUCGCGUGCCAAAUGUGAUGUAGAAGAAACUGUUUCAGCAGUUUCACUGACAGAAGAGACUGAAAAAACAAAACUUAAAGCCACAGGACAUGUGUUCCAGGCGCUGCAGUAUUUGAGGAAACUGUGCAACCAUCCAGCAUUAGUUUUAACGGCUAGUCAUCCAGAAUAUAAGAGAAUCACAGAGAAGCUUGCAGCUGAAAACUCUUCCCUUCGAGACAUCCAGCAUGCCCCUAAACUCUCUGCCUUGAAACAGCUGCUGCUAGAUUGUGGUUUGGGAAAUGGCGGCUCUUCAGAAAACGGCACAGAAACCGUAGUUGCCCAGCACAGGAUCCUUAUCUUCUGCCAGCUCAAGAGCAUGCUAGAUAUAGUAGAACAUGACCUUCUGAAACCUCACUUGCCCUCCAUUACCUAUCUGCGAUUGGAUGGCAGCAUACCUGCAGGUCAGAGGCAUUCCAUCGUUUCACGGUUUAACAAUGACCCAUCCAUAGAUGUACUCUUACUGACUACUCAUGUGGGUGGACUGGGUCUAAACCUAACGGGAGCUGACACAGUAGUGUUUGUUGAACAUGACUGGAAUCCCAUGAAAGAUCUCCAAGCAAUGGACCGAGCGCAUCGUAUUGGGCAGAAACGGGUUGUUAAUGUUUAUCGCUUGAUCACAAGGGGAACCUUGGAAGAAAAAAUAAUGGGUCUGCAGAAGUUCAAAAUGAAUAUUGCAAACACAGUUAUUAGCCAAGAGAAUACGAGUCUGCAAAGUAUGGGAACUGAUCAACUUCUUGACCUCUUCACUCUUGAUAAGGAUGGAAAAGCUGAAAAAACGGACGGUGCCACUUCUGCUUCCGGUAAAACCAGCAUGAAGUCAGUUCUUGAAAACCUUGGAGACCUUUGGGAUCAAGAGCAGUAUGACUCUGAAUACAGCCUGGAAAAGUUCAUGCACUCUCUCAAAUGACCGCUCCUGAUGGCAUUUUUCAGCUGAUAUUCAGCAAGUUUCAAAGCAUAGAGCCGGACUUCUAACGUAACGUGUAAAUAUCCCUGUGGAAGAAAUGUGAGGAAGGGCUGGACUUUUGAAGAGAGCCGCCGCCUUCGCUUUGGAAUCAUUUAAGUCUUAAAUACGGAUGUCGUAAAGUAAUUUUGGAUUUCCAAAAUAGAUACGAACUCUUAUUUGAUUAAAAAAAGGAAUAAGGAGAGGAGAAAGAGUUCUUAACAGGUUUUGCACAUGUUGAUAAGUGUUACUGCUCUUUGAGCAAAGUCUGUCGCUUCCCUUUUCGAUCCUGAAUCCGCAGGAAAUUUGUACAGGUUGGUUGGACUCCUUUCGUCUUGCUUUAAUGGUACACUUAAAAAAGCGCUCAGUUUAACAAGUUAGAAUGAUGUUUGGUUCACUUUGGGAUGUGAUAUUGGCGCGAUAAUGGCAGAGCUUAUCAUCCUGGAACAAUAUUGGGGAAUUAAAAUGAGACUCUCAAGUAUUAAAGUUCCCAUUUUUAUAGACAUAUUAUAUAUUUAAGCACGUGGUGCUCUUCAAGUCUUCUCACGUUUGAGAGCAGUUGACUUUUUAAUAGGAAUUGCUGAUAAUAAUGGCUUACUUCAAGCCAUAUCCUCAUCCUGUUUAGAGGGUGCCAUUUUUAAACCUGUGUGUGUGGUGCGUGUGUGUGUGGAUGGCUAAGUUGUUUCCCCAGUUCAGAGAACUAAAAUAUGCAGUAGGUUUCAAUCCUAUAUUUUUUUGUAAUUGAAAGAGGAGAUAUAUAGACAAGAGCUUUUCCGGGAGCAGAUCUUACAAAAUGGAGACUCCGUGCUGGAAAGACUCCCUAACGUGUUAGUGCAUGAACCUCUUUAAUGGGAGAGAAGAGAUGCUCUCUUUAGGGAUCCAGACCAUGAACGGUCUUAGAAAUGCCUACGCUGCAUCAGAAGGAAUUCAGUAUUUGAGCUGAAGCCAUGUCAUAGACAUUUUAAGUGGCUAAGGAAAAGGACAGUAAGAAUAAUAAUAUUUGUACAUUUUUAAAAGGGGUAUCUUCUUCUAAAAGGGAGUCUUUAGUGACAUAUGUCUGCAUAGAUGUGCAUGUCUGUACCAAAUGUGUACACAAGUUUUCUACAUAUAUUAAAAUCAACACAAGCUGUCUCAAACGCAUUCACAAGAUAUAUGAAUAGAUGUCAUAUCUACAGUUUGGAGCUUGCACUUCAGCCUCAGAGCUUUGAAUAGCCAUGAGACCUCAAACAAUGUAAAGUAAUUGCUUUGAUUAUUUUUUUUUAAAAAAAAGAGAAAAAACACGUUGGCUUACGGAGCACGGUCGUUUUGCAGCACUUGGAUAUGAAUGAACAUGUGUCAUAUUUCAGUGGAUCUCUGAACUGCUAUACUGUACCAUUAAAUUAGCAUUCCAUGGGAAAAGAAAAUAAAAAGGCCAAACUGGCAUUAAUCAGCA